AUGGCUGAUUUGAUUCGCGGUAUGGGGGCUCCUAUCGGACCCCCUGUAAAGGAUAAGUUAGGUUCACCAUCGACGGAAUCUGAAGAUGGAGGUGGCGACAUUGCGGAGCUUGCAGCUGACUUAGAAAUUUAUGAACCAAAUGGCCCAAGCACUAAUGGUGAACGUGAAGCAGUGCUUGCUCCACCAGAAACUGAAUGGUAUCAUGGCCGCCUGGACAGAUACACUGCAGAAGAAAGAUUGUGGAAAGCAGCAAAUCUUGGUAGUUAUUUGGUUCGAGAAAGUGAUAGAAAGCCUGGAUCAUAUGUGCUGAGCUAUUUGGGACGAACAGGAAUAAACCAUUUUAGGAUUACAGCAGUGUGUGGCGACUACUAUAUUGGCGGUCGGCAAUUCGAUUCUUUGACUGAGUUAGUGGGCUUUUACAGUCAUUGUUCUGACUUAUUGAAAAGAGAGCGACUGGUUGAACCUGUACCUCCACCAGAACCAGUAAAUGAUAAAAAGAGAGUAGUUGCUAUACUUCCGUACACCAAGAUGCCCGACACAGAUGAGCUUACAUUUCAAAAAGGAGAUAUAUUUUUUGUUCAUAAUGACAUGGGUGAUGGUUGGCUUUGGGUCACUGCACAUAGAACUGGAGAACAAGGAAUGAUAUUCAGAGAGCUUGUUGAAGAUCUCGAUCCAUCAAUUGAUCCGAAUACUGUCUUCUCAUGGUUCCACCCUAACUGUACGAAGAGUGAAGCUGUUGAUAUGCUCGUUAAAGCCGGCCCUGGCAGCUUUUUAGUUCGACCAUCCGAUAACUCGCCUGGAGACUAUUCUUUAUUCUUCCACAUCAAUAACCAGAUACAGAGGUUCCGGAUAGAAAAGAAAGGAGUAAGGUAUCUCAUGGGUGGUAGAACGUUCGAGUGUCUUGAUGCUGUCAUUAAUAGAUAUCGGAAGGAACAGAUUGUUGAAGGGCAUACUUUGGGUCAACCGCUCAUAGCCGAAGGUCAUGUAAUAGAACCGCAACAGAACGCAACUGGAGCUGCGGCUGAAAAGAUAUACGCGACAUUGCGCGAGUGUCGUGAUCAAAUUGGCUUGAAAAAAAUGAAAGGAAUUAAACAUCAAGGGUACUUGAAUAAGAAGUCCGACAAAGUGGCUAAAAAGUGGAAAGCACUAUACUUUGUGCUGCUACAAGAAGGGACAGACACGCACUUAUAUUUUUACGAUUCACCAAAGAGGACGAAGCCCAAGGGAUUGAUUGAUUUGUCAUGCGCUUAUCUAUAUCAGGUGCACGAAUCUCUAUGGGACCGCGAGUUUUGCUUCCAAUUGGUGGAGCGCGCACUGCCGUGUCUGUCCACGCAUACGUUUCUCGCAGCUAACACUGCUACAGAAGAACGCGCGUGGCUCGACGCUCUCAGGCCACUGUGCGUGCCGCAACAAGCCCGCCAUCAAUCUAAGGUGUCGCGCGUGGUGUGGCUGCGUGCGUUGCGCGUGCGCUGCCUGACGGCGCACCGGCUGCCGGGCCGCCUCGCGCCGCGCCCCUACCUGCGGCUGGCGCUCGGCGCCGCGCCCGUGGCGCGCACGAGGCCGCGGCCCUCGCCCGACCCGCACUGGGACGACGAGUUCGUCUUCGACGAUGUCCCACCAGAUGUCACUUCGUUCACUAUCACAGUUCAUAAUACUGGCAAAAGGGGAAAAGAAUCAGAGGUAGCAGAGCUGACAAUAGAAUUGGCUAAUUUAGCCAAUGGUGAAGAAAUAGAAGAGUGGUAUCCGUUAGCCGGUAUGACACCAAUCGGUGAAUGGGGUUCUUUGAGGCUACGUAUCAGAUAUAUGCAAGAACUGGUGAUGCCCCGUGAAGAGUACAAUCCGUUGCGACAGCUGUUGUUGGAGCCAGGUAUACCGGCCGUCAAAGCGCUCGCCGAUCUAUGCCGUACUGAUAGACAGCCUUUAGCUACGUCGAUAUUGCAUGCGUUCACCGAGUGCGGUCGCGGUGCGGAACUAGCCCGGGAGCUCGUUAGUGCGGAGCUAGCACGGGAAGCGGAUCCGCGCGCGAUGUUCCGUGCCGCAUCGCUCGCCACCGCCGUCGUAGACGAAUUUAUGCAUGCACAGUGCAAGCCGUUCUUACAGGCUGCGAUAUCUGAAACGGUACAGAAACUUAUAGACGCCAAGCAGUCCGCUGAACUCAACCCUACUAAAAUGGACUCGCCAGACGACGCUUGCAAUAAUGCAGAAUUUUUACUCAUGAUACUCGACCAGAUUACUUUGUCAAUUUUCACAUCGCCCGAAGCCUGUCCGAAACCCGUGCGGUAUUUGUGUGGAUGCCUACAACGUGCGGCGGUCGCUAAGUGGCCUAAUGAGAGAUUCGUACGAACCAGAGUAGUUUCUGGGUUCAUUUUCCUGCGACUCAUCUGUCCCGCGCUAGUAGAACCGCGCGCUUGGGGUUUGGUCGGCACAGCGCCACCACCUCAUGCACAGCGAUCUCUGCUUAUGGUAGCCAAGUGCCUACAGAAUCUCGCUAACUUAAUCGAGUUUGGCGCCAAGGAGCCUUACAUGGAAGUGGUUAAUCCUUUCAUUCUGAAGAACAAAGAGCGAAUGGUAGUAUUUUUGGACCAACUAAGCAAUGUUCCUGAUCCUGGCAACUCACCACCUAAUACGAACAACAACUUUGACUUGGCAAAAGAGCUGGCGACUCUUCACCACAUCUGCGUUUCACACCUGACGGAACUGCAGGGUUUGGCGCGAUCUCAACCAGCUAUACGUAAACUCGUCACCGUCACGGAAAUGUUAACCAAACACAAACACAAGUAUUUAGAGAUGAUCAGAUAGGGGACGCCCAUCGCACAGGGUAACACGACGUAAAUCCAUCGCAUAAGAUAUCGGUCUAGUUCCAAGUCACCCGGUAUAACAACAAGUUUUACGUAUAACAGGCGUUUUCAUUAAUUAUCCUUAAUAUAUUUUUUUUGCAUCAGAUUUAGUUAAUUAUCUUUAAAAUCUGAUGCUCCAGAAAUAAGAUAGUAUAAUUAAAUCUUGAUAAAGAUAAAUUAGUGAGACCGUUUGUAAGUCAUACGCAUUUAGUCAUUAUUAGCUUUAGCCUAAUAUUUUAUUUUUGAUUAUAUGUAUACAUCACAUUCUUUCGUGCUUCCUCGUGCCAAAAUUAAUGGGCUCUCAAAUCACCGUUGAAGUACACAGUUUUUAGACAAGUCAUUGAAGAAGUACAUACCUUUACUUUGGACAAAUGUAAACAACUUAGGUCUUAAUGAUAAAGCAAUGCGUAAGGGUCUGUGAAUAUCUGACGGACGUCGUGUAUCGUAAAUCGUCAGAACUGACAAAUAUAUCAUGGAAUACAACCUUGCAUGACGUUAAACUAUUAGUCAAAAUAACAUUUGUAUUUAUUUAUUACAGAUUAUAUAAAUAGUUAUAAUUACGACCAAUCACGUGGAGCAAUAUGAACAAACUGACAUCG